CACCAUUCAAGCCUAUCGAAGAGUCCAGCGGAAUCAUCAUUUUGAAAGGACGCCCCCCGUCUUCGUAACGGUCAUUAGGUUUUGCAGGGUCUGGGGUCCAUUGCCAUGUGGGCUCGAGUGUAUUGUUUGUGCCCAGUCCUUCUGUACAAAACACCACGCCAGUGGCGGCAUCUUCUGGUCCUGCUGGCAGACGCCCGACCAAGGAACUUUUCCGACGGAUGGCCGUGGCCCGCGCCGAGACCGGCCUGGCCCCCCUCGGCAGCAGCUUUCAGGCCUGCAGCGAUCGCUCCAGCGCCCAGAAGCGCAGCCACAGCGAUCCAGGGAACGCGUUCCACCGCUUUUUCUGCGAGGGGCGUGGCAGCGGGCGCCGCGCUUCCGUGUUGGGCGAUACGGCGUGCAUCUCUUCAGCAUCGGCGGACGAGUCGACCGCUGCUUCUGGGAGCCACGCCUCAGAGGCCCCGAGCACUCCACGUGAGCACGAGCAGGCAGAUCGCCUUGGUGAGGAGGGCUCGCCAGAGCUGUGGCCAGACACCGACAACGAUGAAGAGGUGUAUGAGUGGUCGCCCUGCAGUCGCAAGCGUGGCGCAGUUCGGGCCACUGUCGACAACGGGACGCAGGCGUCGGGCGUAUGGUGCCCCACGUUCCUGACGCCGCAGCAGCACUUCGCCACGACUCAGUCCAGCAGUGAUGCCUGCUCCCUCAUGCCACCGAUGCUCUUGAAGAUGACCGCCGUGGCCCUGCAGGGUCCGCGCCGCUUCGGCGGCCAGUUCCCGCCGUCGGCGCGCCCUGUGCGGACGGAUGGCCCCGUCGCGCCGGGCGGUGCCGACAGCAUGGAGUCCGCCAUGGAGGCCGCCGCGUCGGCGCUCGCGGCCCUGGCGGCGGCAGAGGCGGAGCCAGCGGAGGAGGGCCCCGACCGCGCUCGAGCUUCCCAGGAGCGGGCGGCGAGGGCUGCGAGGGGGGUGCCCAGGGCACCGGGCGCCAAGGGGGCCGCGACGGCAGCCCCGCCCGCGGGUGCCGCGAAGACGUCGGCGGGCAGGGGGUGCACGGCCCUACAGGUCGGGAAGUCGCCGGUGCCGCCUCUUCGGAGGGUGACCUCCCUGAUGCUGAGCGGCCUGCCCCGGGAGCUGGGCCAGUUCGAGCUUCUGGAGGACAUCCACCGCUCGGGCUUCGACGGCAGGGUUGACUUCUGCUACCUGCCCCGCAACUUCGCCUCUGGCAACAACGUGGGCCACGCGUUCGUCAACUUCGUCUCAAGCGAGGUGGCCGCCGAGUUCCAGAGGGCGUGGCGCGGGCGCUCGACGUGCGCGGGCCGCCUGGUCGGUGCGCCCGGGGUACAAAUCGCCGUGGCUUCCGUGCAGGGCCUGGCCGCCAACAUUGCCCGAUCGGAGAACCCCCGCAUGAAGCGUGUGCGCAAUCCGGAGUACAAGCCCUUCGUCCUGGACAGCGGCGCAGCCCACGCGGCGGGCCGCCCCUGAGGAGCCCCCGAUCGUAGAGUGCGGUGCGACGCCCCCCCCCUUUCGCCUGCCGCGCGCCGUCGACAGCUUUUCCAAGCGGCUGCUGCUCACCAUCUCGGCGGGGAGAGAGGGGCUG